UCUGAACAGGAGCCCACCGUCCACUUCUGACAUCAUGACCCACUGCUGCUCCCCUUGCUGCCAGCCUACGUGCUGCCGGACCACCUGCUGCAGGACCACCUGCUGGAAGCCCACCUGUGUGACCAGCUGCUGCAGCACACCCUGCUGCCAGCCCUCCUGCUGUGUGUCCAGCUGCUGCCAGCCUUGCUGCCGCCCAACUUGCUGUCAAAACACCUGCUGCAGGACCACCUGCUGCCAGCCCACCUGUGUGACCAGCUGCUGCCAGCCUUCCUGCUGCAGCACAUCCUGCUGCCAGCCCACCUGCUGUGGGUCCAGCUGCUGUGGCCAAACCAGCUGUGGCUCCAGCUGUGGUCAGACCAGCUCCUGUGCACCUGUGUACUGCACGAGGACCUGCUACCACCCCACGUGUGUCUGCCUGCCUGGCUGCCUAAACCAGAGCUGUGGAUCCAGCUGCUGCCAGCCCUGCUGCCGCCCAGCCUGCUGUGAGACCACCUGCUGCCAGCCCACCUGUGUGUCCAGCUGCUGCCAGCCCUGCUGCUGCUGAUCAGCCCUGACAAGGACCAUCAUCCUAACACAACGACAUUCUCACUUUUUUUUUGAGACAGAUUCUCACUCUAUCACCCAGGCUGGAGUACAGUAGCAUGAUUUUAGCUCACUGUAACCUUUGCCUCCCAGGAUCAACCAACUCUCCUGCCUCAGCCUCCCAACUAGCUGGGAUUACAGGCCUAUUCCACCACGCCUGACUAAUUUUUUAUUUUUAGUAGACAUGGAGUUUCACCAUGUUGAUCAGGCUGGUCUCAAAUGCCUGACCUCAAGUGAUCCACCCACCUCAACCCCCCAAAAUAUUGGGAUUAUAGGCGUGAGCCACCGUGCCCAACCUCAACUUACUUAUCUUUCAGGGGACAAAUUUACUUUCCAACACAGAAUGCUCUCACCAAUAUCUUUUUUUAACUUUUUUUUUUUUUUUUUGCAUGUUUAAAAUCUUGUGAUUCAGCUUGAGGGAGGGCAGAGUACUUCGUCCUGAUUCUCUUUCUCCUGACACUUUGUGGAUCAUGUGCCAGCUUCCUGUGUCCUCAGUUUGGAGUCCUGGUCUCAGCUUUGAGUCUAACUUCAAGAGCUUCAUUCUCUGCUUCUCAGAAAUUUGCGUUUCUGUAAUUGAUCCUUUUGAUCAACUGAAUCUUUGCAAUUGUAUUUUCAUUUUCAAUUUUCUCCUCAUGGUUUUUGCCCUUCUUUCUCCUAUUUAUGACAACUCUGGACUAUGUCCCUUGUAGCACAGAUUCUUACCUAUGUGUUACUAAAUAAAUUAUGAACCAUCCUCCAUCUCA